AUGUUCUUCAAAAAGCGCGACAAGGGCGCAGUUCCCGCCACGACGCCAACGAGCGAACCGCCGACCUCAUCACGGACGAGUAAAAUCCACGAUGAAGAAGAACAGCAACCCGCCGAGCAUGCUCUCACGCACACCUCGACGACGCGAUCGAUUCAGUACCCAAAGGGCGUGAAGCUCUUCCUAAUCAUGUUGUCCAUCUUGGUGUCCAUGUUCCUCGUUGCAUUGGAUCGCCUCAUCAUCGCCACAGCAAUCCCCCAAAUCACAGACGACUUUCACUCCGUCACCGACAUAGGUUGGUACGGAAGCGCUUACCUCCUGACAACCUGCGCCUUCCAGCUCCUCUUCGGCAAGCUCUACGCCUUCUUUCCCAUUAAGCGCGUCUUUCUCUGCUCCGUCGUCCUCUUCGAGGUCGGCUCCGCCGUUUGCGGCGCGGCUCCCGAUAGCGCCGCCUUCAUCGUCGGCCGCGCCAUCGCAGGCAUCGGCGGCGCGGGUAUCUUUGCGGGCACCAUCGUCGUCAUGGUCCAUUCCGUCCCGCUGCACCGUCGCCCCAAGUAUCAGGGCGCCUUCGGGGCCGUGUUUGGUAUUGCGUCCGUCAUCGGGCCACUACUUGGCGGCGCGUUCACGACAAAGGUCACCUGGCGGUGGUGCUUUUAUAUCAACCUGCCACUGGGGGGCGUCGCGCUGGUGGUGAUUGCGUUUGUGAUGAGGCCGCCGGAGCAGAAUCUUACCGAGUCUUCGUUGUGGGAUAAGUUGAAGCAGUUGGACUUUGCGGGAACGUCGGUGUUUAUUCCUGGCGUUGUUUGCUUGCUUCUUGCGUUGCAGUGGGGUGGUGUUGAGUAUGCUUGGAGCAACGGGCGAAUCAUUGCCCUCCUGGUCCUCGCCGUCGUCCUCCUCCUAUCCUUCAUCGCCAUCCAGAUCCUCCUCCCCAAUACUGCGACCGUCCCACCUCGCAUUAUCCGUCAACGCUCCAUCGCCUUCGCCGCCUGGGCUGCCUUCUCUCUCGGCGGACAGAUGAUGUUGAUGGCGUAUUACCUCCCCAUCUGGCUCCAGGCCAUCAAGGGCUUUACAGCCGUCGAGUCCGGCGUCCGCACCCUCCCCAUGGUUCUCUCCAUGACCGUCUUCGCAGCCGUAUCAGGAGGCGUCAUCACUAAGAUUGGGUACUACACGCCCGUGAUGCUCGUCGGUAUCUGCAUCAUGUCUGUCGGCGCGGGCUUGAUGACGACGCUUGAGGUGGAUACGAGCACGGCAAAGUGGGCGGCGUACCAGGUCAUCUACGGUAUCGGGCAGGGCAUGACGUUCCAGGCGCCGAAUCUUGCUGCACAGACGGUGCUUAAGCUGAAAGACGUGCCUGUGGGCGCGAGUAUCAUGUUCUUCUCGCAGACGCUCGGUGGCGCCGUGUUUAUCUCGGUUGGGCAGACGGUGCUGAACAACGAACUUGUGAAGAGGAUCAAGGGGCUGCCUGGGCUCGAGGGAAUCAACUUGCAAACUACCGGCGCGACAUCGCUGACAGAUCUGCCGGACAAUGUGAAAGGACCUGUGUUGGAGGCUUACAACGGAGCGCUGAAGGUUGUGUUCGUGGUUGCGCUGGUCAUGGUUUGCUCCGUGUUCAUCGGAGCUGGUGGUAUGGAGUGGAAGAGCGUGAAGAAGGAGCAGCAGGCGAAGCAGAAGGCCAAGGAGGAUGCCGAGGCGGCUGAGGCUGCGGCUGCUGUUGGCGGGGUUUCUGGGGUUGUGGCGGCUACCGUUGCUGCUGAGGCACAGAGGGAGAAGGAGAAGCAACUUGAUGAGGGCAGCGAACGGGAUGUCGAGGAUGUCGAGAAACCAAGGGGGCGGAGUCUGAGCCGUGGCGAUGAUGGUGCGGCCUUGAGGCAAGAGGAUGAGGCCACGACCGUUGGAUUCGACACAGAGGGAACGAAACACAUUUAG